UUAAGUCGUCAUAAGAAGGGAGGAUAUCCAUUUGGACCACCAACCACCAUCAUCGCUGUGACCCGGACGGCCGUCCUCACAGAUUCCCAGGACCUUUGGAUCCAUGCAUCACGAGUUAAGUUGAGCAAAGACAAAGACAAAGACAAAGACAAAGGCAAAGACAAAGACAAAGACCAAGAUAGAGAUAUCAACCAAGAGUCUGACCAUGAAAGAUCUGGAUGUCAGAUUCCUGAUUGUCCUUCUGAUUAUUUCCUUAUGCAUCUUUCUCCCGAUCUUUUUGAUCAGUGA